AUGUUUCGUGCGCAGCAGAACGCUUUCGACGACGCCGUCGCCAAGGCGACAGACGAGAACCUUACUUCCGAGAACUGGGAAUACAUUCUUGACGUUUGUGACAAGGUGGCUGCUGAAGAAUCUGGUGCGAAAGAUGCCGUUGCUGCUUUGAUAAAGCGACUCGCACACCGGAAUGCCAAUGUGCAGCUAUACACUCUCGAGCUGGGAAAUGCUCUCGCACAAAACUGUGGCCCGAAGAUUCACCGGGAACUAGCUUCCAGAAGCUUUACAGAUGCGCUUUUGCGCCUUGCGAAUGAUCGGAACACCCAUCAGCAGGUGAAGGCGAAGAUCCUAGAGCGCAUGCAGGAAUGGACGGAGAUGUUCGCCAGCAACCCCGAUUUUGGGAUUAUGGAACAAGCAUACAUGAAACUGAAAACGCAAAACCCGAACCUGCAGCCUCCAUCGAAGCCCGGCAAACGGGAGAUCACGGAAGCGGAUCGGCAGAAGGAAGAGGAGGAAUUGCAGAUGGCCCUGGCUCUCUCGAUCAGGGAAAAGCCUUCGACGGCGCCCCACCCCCAGGCUGAAUCCAGUGCCUCUGCUGCCGCCGCCGCUACAACCCCGACAGGUGCCGCUUCCGCCGGCCAAGCACAACCGGCAGCGUCGCAAGCCGUUCCAUCAGGCACUUCCGCCGCCACCGUCUCUCGCGUUAGAGCAUUGUUCGAUUUCCAACCCUCCGAGCCGGGCGAGUUGCAAUUCCGCAAAGGUGACGUCAUUGCUGUUCUGGAGUCAGUAUACAAGGAUUGGUGGAAGGGUUCCCUCAGAGGCCAGACGGGCAUCUUCCCUCUCAAUUAUGUGGAAAAGCUUCCGGAUCCCACGGUCGAAGAGCUGCAACGGGAGGCUCAGAUGGAGGCCGAGGUGUUCGGACAAAUCAAGAACGUUGAAAAGCUGUUGACCCUGCUUAGCACCCGGAGUUCGGAGCCAAAUGUGCAGGAUAAUGAGGAAAUCACAGCUUUGUACCACUCGACAUUGGCAAUUCGGCCUAAGCUCAUUGAGCUGAUUGGCAAAUAUUCACAGAAGAAAGAUGAAUUCACUCAGCUUAAUGAAAAGUUCAUCAAAGCGCGACGUGACUACGAGGCUCUCUUGGAGGCGUCCAUGUCGCAUCCCGCCCAACCUCAAUACGGAAGACCCGGUCAGCCCCAGUAUCCCUAUCCCGGCCCAGGAGCGCCCAUGGGCUACCCCCCUGGUGGACCUCAACCCGAUCAGCGGUACUUUAGCCCGCGCCCUCAAGGGCAUAUGUACCCCCCGACGUCUCAAUCACCCGGUCCUCGUAACCACACUCCUCCUGCUGCCGCACCAUAUCAGCAAGCACCGUCGCAUCCUCCAGCACAACCACAGCAGCAUACCGCGCCAGAUGCCUACCCCCCUCAACACCAUAGACCAGAGUCCACCUAUGAUCAUCCUCAGGAGCUGAGUACCUCUGUUUACGAUUCUCCCGUCGAACAGCGGCCGCCCUACCCUGGCGCCCAGAUCCCCGCCGCUAUUCACCAGCAUUUCCAGCAGCAGCAACAACAACAGCAGGACUACUCUCCGUCUGUUUAUUCACCUGACGAGUCGAAGCCCCCAGGUACACAGCAAGUUCCCUACCCCGCCACUCCCGCUGCGAACCAACCCCCACCAAUGCAUCAGCCUCCCCCGGUUCCUGGAGCAGCAGCGGCUCCUACACCAUAUCCUGUGAACGCCCCUGGAGCAAGCUACCAGGCGUACAAGCCGCCUCAAGGUGGGCCCGCUUCCAACCCGGCUUCUUUCUAUCAAUAG